AUGCCCCCUGUGCAGGGCCCCCAGAGGAGGCUGCUGGGCUCCCUCAACUCCACAUCCAUGGCCGCCCCCCACCUCGUGCUGGCCGCCAACCAGACGGGCCCCCAGUGCCUUGAGGUGUCCAUCCCAGAUGGGCUUUUCCUCAGCCUGGGGCUGGUGAGUUUGGUGGAGAAUGUGCUAGUGGUGGCCGCCAUCGCCAGGAACCGCAACCUGCACUCACCCAUGUACUGCUUCAUCUGUUGCCUGGCUGUGUCCGACCUGCUGGUGAGCAUGAGCAAUGUGCUGGAGACAGCUGUCAUCCUGCUGCUGGAGGCAGGUGCCCUGGCUGCACAGGCCACCGUGGUGCAGUGGCUGGACAACGCCAUGGACGUGCUUAUCUGCGGCGCAAUGGUGUCCAGCCUCUGCUUUCUGGGCACCAUCGCUGUGGACCGCUACAUCUCCAUCUUCUACGCCCUGCGCUAUCACAGCAUCGUGACACUGCCCCGGGCACGGUGGGCCAUCGUGGCCAUCUGGGUGGUGAGCGUCCUCUCCAGCACCCUCUUCAUCGCCUUCUACAGCCACACAGCUGUCCUGCUGUGCCUUGUCAGCUUCUUCCUGGUUAUGCUGGCCCUCAUGGCAGUUCUCUAUGUCCACAUGCUCACCCAGGCCUGCCAGCAUGCCCAGGGCAUUGCCCGGCUGCACAAGAGUCAGCGCCUGGCACACCAGGGCUUCGGCCUCAAGGGCACUGCCACACUCACUAUCCUGCUGGGUGUUUUCUUCCUCUGCUGGGGCCCCUUCUUCCUGCACCUCACACUGCUUGUCCUGUGCCCCCAGCACCCCAUCUGCAGCUGCGUCUUCAAGAACUUCAACCUCUUUCUUGCCCUCAUCAUCUGCAACUCCAUUGUGGACCCCCUCAUCUAUGCUUUCCGCAGCCAGGAACUCCGCAAAACGCUCAAGGAGGUGCUUCUCUGCUCCUGGUGA